GAUGAACAUCGUCGAUGUCGUGGACACCGAGUUAGCAUGUAACAUAACCUGUCGACGAUGUUGCGCGAAGAGGCUCACGGGAUGUUUUGAGAAGAGAAGGAGGAGGAGCUGAGGAGGAGGAGAUACUCUCAGCCACCCGCGGGCCGGCGCUCAAGCGCUCAUGGACUGUGGCGCAGCUGUAGGAGGACCUACCGACAUGGUUCUGACUUGAUUCUGUCUGUCUUCAUCAUUACUGCACUGCCCGCGUGCCUCUGGGGAAGCAUAUCUAUACUCUUUCUGCGAACGGCCUUGCUACGACUCUGAACGAUCAUCACGAUAGGCGCAUUUGCACCUCAUGCCGGACCCGGAGCCACCUCAAGCUGAAGGGGCGAAGACCGGUCACGAUGACCUGGACGAUGCAUUGGACAGCAUGCACAUAGGUGAGGGAGGCUCUGCUGUACACCACAUCGACACAGAACCCAACCCAUGGAGCGACCCUACGUCCCCUCAACCUGACGUGGACUCGUUCGAGCGUACGCUGCACACGCCCGAUCCCGCAUCCUUGGAUCCUACGGCCACGCAGGGCUUCGUCUCAGGAGAGAUCACAGAGCCGCAUCCGCACGCGAGCGAGGAAAUUCUACUGGAGUUUGACCCUCUGGCCAGCUCGGAGGAGAAGGCUGCGCGUGAGGCAUGGGAGAGCUCCGAGGCACAUCCACCACCACAGCCUCCGCCGAAGGACGAGACGUCGUCCGCGGGUGCUGCCUCAGAGCAGGCUGCGGAAGGCACCUCGUCCGACCAGCCAGGUGCCUCCACGGCGGACUCACCAUCCGCAGCCGCAACCGCCUUCCCUUCGCUCGCAGCUCUCGCGCGCACCUUCUCCAUCCCGCUCGGCGGACGCACUCAACGUCCGCGAUCCCUCGAGACAGCUACUGCCGUACCCUCCCCUGCUACCCUUUCCUCAUUCGCUCAGCAGCAAUCAGCACCACCGGCGCGCACGAUGAUGGUCGACCCCGAGAACUCGAGUGCCACGGAGGUCAGCGGGGGCAGUGGCCGGAGCACGCCUGGGAGUCGGGAUCCGGGGCGGGACAGAGGGAAGGCAGUCGACAGAGACAAACCGCCCUUUGACUUCCAGACGUUCCUGGACCAGAUGAAAGUGAAGGGCGCGGAGCCGGUGGCGAAGUUUCUGCGGUCAUUCCUCAGCAACUUUGCGAAGAGGACAUUCACGGUCACUGAUCAAGUAAAGUUGAUCAACGAUUUCCUCGGUUUCAUCGCUGAGCGAAUGCGGGAAACGGAUGUGUGGAAGAAUGCUUCGGAUGCCGAAUUCGACAACGCAAUGGAGGGCAUGGAGAAGCUCGUCAUGAACCGACUCUAUGACUUCACUUUUACUCCUGCGGUGGUCCGGAUGAUCCCUCCUCGACCGGUGACAGUAGACGAUCUGGAGCGUGAUCGGGUACUGUCACAACGAAUAGCGUUGUUCAAGUGGAUCGAACCCCAACAUUUGGACGUCCCUGAGGGCGAAGGUAGCGAGGGCUUCAUGAUGUUUGCUCAGCAAGAGCUGCUCAAAGUCAAUCACUACAAGGCACCCAGGGACAAACUCAUCUGCAUCUUGAACAGCUGCAAGGUCAUCUUUGGAUUGCUCAGACACCUUCACAAAGAGGAGGGUGCCGAUACUUUCGUACCAAUACUAAUCUACGUCGUCUUGAAGGCGAAUCCACCUAAUCUCUUGUCAAAUGUGGAGUUCAUCAACCGCUUCCGCAAUCCUGCAAAGCUGCAAAGUGAAGCAGGUUACUAUCUCUCUAGUCUCAUGGGCGCAGUAUCAUUCGUCGAGACAAUGGAUCAUACAUCACUAUCGAACAUCACGCAGGAGGAGUUCGAGAAGAACGUCGAGCUGUGUAUCCAGUCCCUACCGGCCAGCGGAACUGCUACACCAGAGUCAUCUACACCAUCGUCGGGCAUCUCAAGAGCCUCCACACCCUCGCGACCAUCCCCCCACUUAGGCGAGGAGUCUGCGCAGCCGCUUGCUCUCCCGACACCUGCGCAGGUGCUGAGCGAAGACGCCCGUCGACUACUGCAGAAGACCGGAGACACGCUCUCCAAGCCGCUGAACGCCAUCAGCCGCAUCUUCAACGAAGUGCUCGACAACGCCGAGGAGUCCUUUUCGACCCUCCCCUCUCCUUUCAACCCCGAGACAACGCGCGAUCAGGGGCAAUAUCAGCAGCAGCAGCUGGAGCAAGACCAGCAGCUCGCGCAGCACCUCGGGUUCGCGGUCCCGCAGACGCCCUUUGGCGCAGGGGAUGGCGGGCAGCAAGUCGGCGGGUACAGCACACCCAUGCAGACGCCUUACAAGCAGCGCGUACGAAGAGUCCCUUCGCCGCUCUCAACAGGCCAGUCUCCAGGAUCGUAUACCCUCGGCUCGCCUUCGGGCAUCGACACCCCCUCACGACCACCCCGCGGGCCCGCUCCGAUGUCACCCUCGAUGGCGCCUCCACGCAGCGCCUCCGCCAUCCACUCGCGGCCGGGCUCCGCGGACCUACGGCCACAAUCAGCGCACAUCUCGCGGACGCCCACGCCGAGCUUGGACCUGGCCGGCUUGCAGGACGAGAUCGACCGCGCGCACGAGAGGGCGGCGGUCGCGGCGCGGGAGACGUUGAAGCAGAUAUUCCCCACGUCGGACCCGGAAAUAAUGGACUGGGUUCUGGAGGCUAAUGAAGGCGACCUUGGGAAGAGUAUUGAAGCACUCUUGGAGAUGAAUAGCGGGAGUUAGAUGCAAGACGGGUUUCAUAUGUGUUGACGAUCAUUAUGGAAUUGAUUUUUUCAGAAAACACGUAUAACACAUCGCUGAUUCCUAGCUCUGGCCCGGGGGGACUAGGACACACUUCUAUAUACGAUUGAGACGAAUCAGGAUCAAGUUACACGUCGCUUUCU